UGGUGUAUUCUUAACGCAUUUUCUUGAUUUUCGGAUUGACAGAUAUACACCAAGAACUAGAAUGUGCAUCUUUAGUUUUAUCUUUGCAACCCAUGAAUCGUUCAAGGGAAAAUGAACUUUUGCUGCCAGCUUGUGCUUUGGCACUGCAGGUAUAUCUCACAGCAUCAAUGGAGGGCUUAAAAUGGGACCCCAAGAUUGCAGAGUUGUUGAAUACCAAACCUGGAAGGUAUCUCAGUAAUCACCCCUUCAUCACACUAGUACUGCUUGUAUUUGGUGUUACAGCCUCAGUGCCCAUUGGACUUUUCUUGGUGUUUGCAGCUGUUACAUUGGCCACUGUUACAAUAUACUUUGUCUUUGUUGAAAUUUUCCUACUAACCAUUGGAGGAGUCACAUUGCUGUGUGUUCUAUGCUGCCUAGCUGUGGUCUCUUUCUGGAUAUCCUGCAUAUUUAGCAUCCUUUACACCAUCAUUUCACACCUCCUUAAUUACUCUUAUCAUUCACAGAGUGAACAGACAGUCUCUAAAGAGGACAUAGAGACAGAAAUACACACUCCAUCAAAGCUGACAGCUAGUUAGAGAUCCACAUUGUCCUCAGACAAUACUCCAUGACACACAGCCAGGCCAACCAAGGUAUGGAUAAAGGGCCAAUAGACCGAUCUCCAGACCUGAACCCCAUUGAAAAGCUCUGAAGUGUGAUGAGGAGGAAGAUUGAUAGUCACAAGCCCAAAACCAAGUUGCUUGAACCAGGAGUGGCAUAGUCACCCAACAGCAGUGUGAAAGACUGUUGGAGCGCAUAUGCCAAGAUGCAUGAAAGCUGUAAUUGAAAAUCAGGGAUAUUCCACCAAAUAUCUACUAGUAUUGUAUUCUUAAAACUAUAAACUUUUUAUUUUUUGCAUUUUUGGGGUUCUGAAAACAUUGUUUUGUAGUAGUCUGUAGAAUAAAAAAAUGUUUAUUUUACACAAACACAUACUUAAAAAGUAAAACUAGAGAAACUGA